UUUAGAACGCGUUUUGCAUCGUUUCGGUGCCUUUUGCCUUCAAAUAAUUUUUCUUGGACAAAGUUGCUUAGGAUCUUUUAAAACAACUAGCAAAUAAUAUAUAACCAUGAACGCACCACCAACAUUUGAAUCCUUCCUUUUAUACGAGGGAGAACAAAAAGUUCAAAAAGAAGAGGAUACGAAGGUCACAAAUGCCGCAAUAUUUACUGUCAACAAAGAGGACCACACUCUUGGAAACAUGAUUAGACAUCAACUCUUGAAAGACCCGAAAGUGCUGUUUGCGGGUUACAAAGUGCCGCAUCCCCUGGAGCACAAGUUUGUGCUGCGCAUCCAGACCACCUCCGAUUACACGCCACAGGAGGCCUUCAUGAACGCCAUCACUGACCUAACCUCAGAAUUGUCUUUGUUUGAAGAGAGAUUUAAAGAAGCCAUUAAGGAGAAGAAGGAUGGAUUAGAUUAAAAAUAUAGGAUAAUAUUUUUUUAUACAUAUUGUAAGUUUUAAAUAUAUCUCAUGAAUAAAAAAAAAAAAAUUUGUAUUUUUAAUUUACAAAUUCCACCAAACUGGGUGAACAAUGUUUAUGA